UCUCGCUCAGCUGUAGCAGUAACUAGAGCACGUCUAGAGAUCUGCUCUCAUUUUACAGGUAAUUCAAGAUUUGAAUCGUGUUAUUUUAUCUAAAACUUUCUCUAACUGAAAGACCUUCAGUUUCUUUCAGUUUAAUUUCAGUUGAGGUUUUCAUUGGACGAAAGUUGUGAUCUUCAAUGGCGGCGGCGCUCGUCCCCCUUCACCAGGACCUCUCCUGCCCUAUUUGCUUGGAAAUUUUUAGCGAUCCGGUGAUGCUGACCUGUGGGCACAGUUUCUGCAGGACGUGUCUACAGAAGAGCUGGACUCAGAAUCCUGAAAGAGAGUGUCCCGUAUGCAGAAGACGCUCAUCAAGAGAAAAUCCUCCAGCUGAUCUGACUCUGAGGAACACCUGUGAAUCUUAUCUACAGCAGCAGAAGAAAGAGGAAGGUUCUAGAUCACAGGGUGCUCUGUGUUCUCUGCACUUUGAGAAGCUUAAUCUGUUCUGUGUGGACGACGAGAAGCUGGUCUGUGGUCAGUGUGUAACUCAAGACCAUCAGAACCACAGUUUUUGCUCCAUCAGCAAAGCUGCCCACUCCCACCAGCUUCACAAGGAAACACUUCACACCCAGCUAGAAAAUUUGGAGGAGAAACUUAAAAAUGUCAAAAAUGUCAAAGAUAUCAGUGAUGCGGUGGCUGCACACAUUAAGACUCAGUUCCAACAGACAGAGAGAAAGAUAAGAGAAGAGUUUGAAAAGUUCUACCAGUUCCUCAGGAAAGAGGAGGAGGUCAGAAUCAGUGAUCUAAGAAAGGAAGAGGAGAAAAAGAGCCAGAAGAUGAAGAAGAACAUUGAAGAUCUGGACAAACAGAUGAAGGAGAUAAGUUCUAGGAUCAAAGAAUUACAAGAUAAGCAAAAGGACGAUACCAUGUUUCUGCAGGAUUUCAGGAAAACAAGUCAAAGAGCUCAGUACACCAUGCCGGAUCCAAAACCUGACUCAGAAGCUUUGAUUGAUGUGGCCAAACAUCUGGGGAACCUGAGCUUUAAUGUGUGGAAGAAGAUGAAGGGCCUCUGUACAUACUAUCCGGUGGUUUUGGAUCCGAACACUGUAAACUCCUCCCUCAGUAUCUCAGCAGAUCUGAGCAGUGUUUCUCUCUCUACUGAAAACCCCCAACUUCCAGAUAAUCCAGAGAGGAUGAGCGUUUAUGAAGUGGCUCUGGGUUCUGAAGGGUUCUCCAAAGGAACCCACAGCUGGGUGGUGGAUGUUGGAGACAGUGAGGACUGGAUUAUAGGCGUGGCUGAAGAGUCCGUCAGCAGAAAGGAACGCUGCACAGCGGUUCCAGAGAACGGGUUCUUCUGUAUAUGGAGGUGGGGCAGUGAAUUCGCUGCUGCAACUUCUGAAAAUCUGAGUGAGAUGAUUAUGGGAACAUCAGCUCCAAGGCUGAUUCGCGUGACACUAUUUUGGAAGAAAGGUUGGGUGACUUUCUCCAACGCUGAGAAUAAAACGAUGUCCUACACCUUCAGACACACAUUUACAAAGAAAAUGUAUCCGUACUUCUACAACAACAGCAACAAUCCGCUGAAAAUCCUGUCCAUUCCCAUCGCAGUCAAAGUCAAACCCAAACGACACUCAACCAAUUAGCCAAUCAUAUCUCUGUAAGAUCGUGGAGCAGUUGUGAUAUCAGAUGUGAAAGAGCUAUAAAACGUAUAAUAAAAUGUAAAGACUAAACCAAUGUUACCUGUUGCUGUAGCUGCAUGUGGACAGACACUUUUUUGCUUUUUGUUUGCAAAUAAUAAUGUUGAUCAUUGAUAAAGAUUUUUAAAUGUCAAAAUGUAAAAUACCAAUGUCUGUCUUACAUUCCAUCUUUAGAGAUUAUUAUUCUGAAAUGUAGACUUUCACUGAUUUUGCGACAUCACUAGUGAUAGCAGGAGUUCUACUGAGUGUGUUGGCUAACUGUCUGUGUAAUUUGUGAGAAAAUGGGUUAAAAAUGUAAUGAAAUGUAGACUUUUCAUUUAAUUAUAAAAUGAAUAAUUAAUUACUAAUAAACAAAAAAAAUGAAACCACUGGAAACCUAAACAAAAUCUAUGAUUUAGUUGUUGUUUUUUUUUUGUAAAUAUGGAAAGCAAAUAUGAAAUACAAUUUAAUAAACAUGACAAUUGUAUAAAUAAGCAUAUUAAUGGUUUUAAUGUAUUAAUCAUUUGACGUAUUCAUUUUUUGGUGUUUAAAACAUAUAUCUUCAGUAAUUAUUGGAUUAAAUAUACAUUAUUAAUCAGGGGCUUUUGAUAAGAUAAUAUUGGACACUUGUAAAUAUGCAGGCAAGAUAUUCUUUUUUUGUUUGUUUUAAUUAGACUAUGAAAUAUACAUGCAUAUAUAGAACUGUUUUCUGUUUUCCUUGACCUUGAUUUUGAAUUAUAGUUAGACUUUUAGCUUUUAGUUUUUAUUCUCUAUCAUCAUUUUAAACAGCCUGUAUUUUUCCACUU